AUGAUUCUACCAUUCACAAUAUUUCAUAUGAUCAUUGUUUUAAUAAUAUCUCCUCCACUAGCAUCAGCACAAGAUCAAAUAAUAGUAGCACGAGAUGGUUGUAAUUCAACAUGUGGAUAUGUUUAUAUUCCUUUUCCAUUCGGAAUGAAUAGACCUCAUUGCUACGCACACAAAUGGUUUGAAAUAGAAUGCAAAUCAGACAAAAAUUCUUCUCAUAUCCCUAAACCUUACUUGAAGUCGUUAAAUCUUGAGGUAACAAAUUUUCACCCGUACUCGAGCAUGGUUGAGAUUAAGAAUCCGGUUUACCGUUCGAAUUGUCAUAAAAACAAAAUUAGUAGCCACAGUAGUAAAACCGUUACUCUUACAGACAGUCCUUUCAUAUAUUCACAGGCUGAGAAUACGUUUCUAGCUGUGGGAUGUAACAGUCUUGCUUUUCUUCAGUCAAAUGGGACAACCGUUGGUGGUUGUGUAUCAAUUUGUGACGACAACAACAGUAGCAAUUUCAAUUUCAAUAUAGGUCGCGACGGUUGUAAUGGAAGGUAUUGUUGUAAGACCUCAUUGCCUUCACAUCUUUCAGAGUUUAACGCAACAAUAAGAGGUUUAAGCGAACACAAUAGUGAUGGGUGUGGUUAUGCUUUGAUUGCAAGUAGUUAUUCGUUAAGAUUAGAUAGUCCAAUUAUGAGUAAUUAUGAGACUGAAGAGAAAUUGAAAGAGUUGAAGAAUAAGGAAUAUGUUCCUGCACUUCUUGAGUGGGAGAUUUUGAAUGAUAUGUUAAUUAAUUCCACAUUUCAACUACCUCCAGAUUGUUAUGACUCCAACGUUACUUCUUUAAGUAACAGAAACACUGGUAAGCAAUGUCGAUGCUCGUCCUGGCAGCAAGACGAUGACUUUGACUCUCCCUACCUUGAUGGAGAAUACUAUGGCAAUCCAUACAUUGCUGGAGGCUGUAAAGAUACAGAUACAGUUCCAAAGUACUACUUUCAUAAGAAUAAUCGAUGGAAGAAGUGGGUUAUUGUAGGAAUUUCAUCAAGUCUCGGAUCCAUCGGUUUCCUCAUCGGUCUACUGUUUUUGUACAAAGUUUUGAAACGAAGAAUGAUAAAGAAACGCAAGGAAAAAUUCUUCAAAAGAAAUGGUGGUUUGUUGUUGCAAAAAAGAAUGUCUUCGGGAGAAGUCAAUGUUGACAGAACUACUCUCUUCACUUUAAAGAAUUUAAAGAAAGCCACUGACAAUUUCAAUAAGGAUAGAGUUCUUGGAAAGGGAGGGCAAGGCACCGUUUACAAAGGCAUGUUGGUGGAUGGUAAAAUUGUUGCAGUGAAAAGGUUUAAGGUUGAAGGAAAUGUUGAAGAGUUCAUUAAUGAGUUUAUUAUUCUUUCACAAAUCAACAAUAGAAAUGUUGUUAAAUUAUUGGGGUGUUGUUUGGAGACAGAAAUUCCUUUGCUUGUUUAUGAAUUCAUUCCCAAUGGUAACCUUUUUGAGUAUUUGCAUGAUCAAAAUGAGGACAUACCAAUGACGUGGGACAUUCGUUUGAGAAUUGCUUGUGAAGUUGGUGGUGCUUUAUUUUAUUUGCACUCAGUUGCAUCUCAACCAAUUUAUCAUAGAGAUGUCAAAUCAACAAAUAUACUAUUGGAUGAAAAGUAUAGGGCAAAAUUAGCAGACUUUGGAGCAUCAAGAAUAAUUUCAAUUGAAGCUACUCACCUUACCACAAUGGUUCAAGGUACUUUUGGAUACUUAGACCCUGAAUAUUUUUACACUAGUCAAUUUACAGAGAAAAGUGAUGUUUACAGCUUUGGAGUAGUCCUUGCUGAACUUUUAACUGGUAAGAAACCAAUAUCUUCUACAAAAAUAUCUGGGGAAUCACAAAAUUUAGCUUCCUAUUUUGUUCAGUGUAUAGAGGAGAAUAUGUUGUUUGACAUAAUGGACAAAAGGGUCACAAAAGGAGGGGAGAAAGAACAUAUCACUGCAGUUGCAAAUCUUGCAUUUAGAUGCUUAGAAAUAAAUGGAAGAAAACGACCAACUAUGAAAGAAGUCACAUUAGAAUUGGAAGGGAUCAGGGGAUUCAAUAAGAAUCUUAAUGCACAGCAAAAUGACGAGGAAAUUGAGUUUUCUGGAAUUGAACAAUGCCAACCUUGGGAUGGAUUUUCUGCAUCAAAUUCAUUACCAAUUAUGAGUAGCCAAACACACUCGGAGGUUAUGCACAUUCUGGCGAUAUAAUAGUUCGUUUGCUUAAUUGCGUUUCUUUGGUAUUAAUUAUUGUAUCAUUUUAUUAUAAAUAAGAGUUGGCAUAGGGAGGUAGUUAUGGAUAGUGAAUUAUAUUAG